AUGGCUCUCUUCUUUUCUUCUAAAAACAACCCAGCAUUUCUCAUUCUCUUCUUUUUAUCAUCUCUUCUCUUUCUCACUACCCAACAAUGCAACCAUCAUCACUUCUCUGCUUUACUCCACCUCAAGAACGGUUUUCUCUUCACUGAUUAUUACACCCCCUCCCUCUCUACUCUCCCCUCUUGGAAUUCAAACAAUACCGAUUGCUGCUCUUGGGAACGCAUCACGUGCGAUGGACCCACUGGUCACGUGAUCAGCCUCGACCUCAGUGAGCUCCAUAUCUCUGGCCGGAUUGAUUUUGAAAGCCUCUUUCGUCUUCGGAGCCUGCAGAAGCUCAACCUCGCUUACAAUGAUUUUGAUGGCUCUCCAAUCCCAUCUGGGUUUGACCAGCUCACCAGUUUGACCCGUCUCAACCUCUCUCACUUAUCCUUUUACGGCCAAAUCCCACUGGAAAUCUCCCGCUUGACCACUUUGGUUUCUCUCGAUCUUUCUCGCAAUCAAUAUUGGAAUGGUUCUGGAUUUUAUUUCCUGAAACUCGAAAACCCAAGCAUUGGAGCAGUCGUCCAAAACCUGUCCAAUCUGAGUGAACUCUAUCUGGACUGGGUAGACAUCUUACUGCAGGGCCAGACCUUAGAUUUGCCACUCCCUACUCUCCGCAAGUUGAGCUUACGAUCUUGUCUUCCUUCCGGCUCCAACUAUUCUUCCCUUUCACAGCUCCGUUCCAUCUAUUCUUCCCUUUCACAGCUCCAUUUCUUAUCUGAACUCGAUCUCAGUCGAAACAAUCUCUCCUCUGCAGUGCCCAAUUUCAUAGGCAACUUAUCCUCCUUGACAUCCCUGCUCCUUACAGAGUGUGGAUUGCAUGGAAAAUUCCCUGACAGUGUUUUCCAGCUGCCAAAUCUACAAAUCAUCGACACAUCAGACAAUCCACUUGUAGCUAUCAAUUUGCCGGAGUUCCCUCAAAACAAUACUCUACAGCGAUUGAUCCUUUCAUACACUGGAUUAUCAGGAAAGUUACCAGAUUCUCUCGGUAAUCUCAAAUUCUUGACUGAAUUAGACCUCAGCAAUUGCAACUUGUCAGGAUCAUUACCAUCCUCACUUUUGAACCUUACCAAACUGCAAUCUCUGCAUCUUUCAUUCAAUAAAUUGAGCGGCCCAAUUCCUUCUUCAUAUGGAAACGAGCUUCUGAAUCUCAAAGUGAUCAGCUUAGGGAAUAAUUUGCUUAAUGGGACCAUUCCAUCAUCAUUGCUUUCACUCCCAUCCUUACAAAUGUUGGUUCUCAGAGGUAACCAACUUAGCGGUCAACUUGGGGAGUUUCACAAUGCCUCUUCUUCACAGCUGGAGUACAUCGAUUUGGGUCACAAUAAUUUCAGUGGUGUUGUGGAGCUAGGCUUAUUUCAAAACCUCAAAAACCUUCACUAUCUGGACCUUUCAGAUAACAACUGGUCAGUCCAAUAUGGCAGUGGUAAUUCCACAUUUGUUUCCAUCCCCCAGUUUGAAUCUUUGUUGUUACGUUCUUGCAACAUCAGCACAUUUCCAAAUUUCUUGAGAAAUCAAGAGGGGUUGAGGGAAUUGGACCUUUCCUAUAAUAAAAUUAGUGGUGAAAUACCCAAAUGGAUAUGGGAGGUUGGCAAUGGGUCUUUAUCCUAUUUAAAUCUUUCUCACAAUGUUCUGCAGGGAAUAGUACCAUCUCCCCAUCUUUUGUUGAUCAGUCACUUGAGUGAUCUGGACAUUAGCUCCAACAAGCUAGAAGGCUCACUUCCUAUCCCACCACCUUCCACCUAUUUCUUUUCAGUUUCAAACAAUAGCCUUGGUGGUGAAAUCCCUGGAUUAGUUUGCAAUGCAACAUCCCUAACAGUCCUUGAUUUAUCUCACAAUCACUUCAUUGGUCAGAUUCCACCAUGUUUGGGUGAGAUUGGUGAUGCCCUGUCUAUGUUGAAUCUUCAAAGAAAUGCUUUCAAUGGCACCUUACUUCAAACAUUUAAAGAGGGAUGCAACAUACAAACGCUUGAUCUCAGUGGGAAUCAAUUGGAGGGCCAAAUACCAAGGUCUUUGGCCAACUGCAAAAUGUUGGAGGUAUUAAACCUUGGAAACAAUCAAAUAAAUGACACCUUUCCAUCAUGGAUAGAAGCUUUGCCCCUUUUACGCGUUCUUGUCUUAAAAUCCAACAAAUUUCAUGGCACCAUUAUACUUUCACAAACAAAUCAAAGCUUCCCAAUGUUGCAGAUCAUUGACCUCUCUUCUAAUAGUUUCAUGGGUGCUUUGCCAUCAAAUAUGUUUGAGAAUUGGAAGGCAAUGAUAGAUGAGGAUAAAUCUCAAUCUUUCCUUCAUAGAACCCUACCUGGACCAAUGAAAAUGAUAUACUAUAAAGACACGGUGACAGUAAUGAUCAAAGGACUAGAUAGGGAACUCAUCAAGAUCCUAUCCACCUUCACAACAGUUGAUCUCUCAAACAACUAUUUUCAAGGGGAUAUUCCAAAAUCUAUAGGGAUUCUCAAGUCGCUACAUCUACUCAAUAUGUCGCACAACAGUUUCACAGGCCAAAUUCCAACAUCACUUGAGAAUCUAACGAUGCUGGAGUCAUUGGAUCUCUCACAAAACAAUAUCUCAGGAGAGAUACCUUGGCAAUUGACGAAGAUAACAUUCCUCUCGGUAUUAAACCUUUCACAGAACCACCUUGUGGGAAGCAUACCACAAAGUAAACAGUUUUUUACAUUCACAAAUGAAUCAUUUCAAGAAAAUCCAGGAUUGUGUGGACCUCCACUAUCAAAGAAAUGCAAAGAUGCCGAGGGUGCACCAUCGUCCGCUCCAUCAACACUGCAAUCUGAAAGGAAAUAUGAUUGGGAACUAAUGUGGAUAGGAUUUGGAGUUGGAUAUGGAGCAGGUGUGGGGAUGUUUUUCUGGACUCUAGCACUUUCGAGGAAGGGAAGGAGAGAAUUUUAUAUAUUUGUUGAUGGAAUGCUUGCUUUGAUUUUUCCUUCCAUGGUGUUUUCUAAAUAG